AAGCGCAGCAAAGCCACGCACCUCCCCCCCGCCGCCCGCAUCUGCUACGACUGGAUGGUGGUGCAAGGCAACUGCCACUACGCGCGCGACCGCGCCGUCUUCACCACGUACCGCCCGAUCACGCGGCGGCUGACACACAACAUCUUCAACCCGCACGAGGAGCUGGAGGUCGCGGGGGUCGGGACGGUGCGGGUGCCGGUGGUGCGGGGGCUGGGGAACCCGUUUGACACAGAGACGCUGGAGCUGCACGACGUGCUGCAUAUCCCCGAGGCGGUGUGCAAUGGGUUCAACCCGCUGCUGUACGGGAGCAGCAUGUCGUGUACGUCCGAGGCGUGGACGGGGGCGGACGCCCUGGGGCGGCCGUUGUGGGUGGCGCUGCCGUUUGCGGGGGGGUCCAGGCUGGUGUUGGCGGGGAAUCCGAUCGGGGAGACGGAGAUUAUUCAGGGGAGGUAUUAUUCGUUGAGUUUGUAUCUUAGUCCCCAGGAGAGGGGGGAGUUGGUGGGGUAG